ACCAUUGCUUGAUAUAAAAUAUAUAAACAAAUCUCUCUUGAAUCUGAGCUAUUCCACACUGUUUUUGUAGUUGCUUUGACUCUCAUUGAUCCCAAUCCACUACUUCAUUUUAAAUUCAUCAAACACAUUCAUGUUUCUCUCCAUUAAAUUCUGUCAUUUUCUCUCUAGAAAAUCAGUAUUUGCUUAAUCAUUGAUUCACGAUCAUGUCUCCAUCUUUCGUCUGUAGAACUAUAAGCCCGAAAUGUGACGACCACCACCAACCAAUACUUCCAAGAAACUGCAAGAUUCCAUAUGUGCAUAUGUAUGCUCAGUAAGGUAGAGAGGUGAAGGAGGGCAAACCCUUUUCUUUUAUUUCGUUUUCCUCAACAGCAACAGCAACAGCAAGAAUUUCUCAAGAGUCCAUCAUUUUCUCUGGAAAAAGUCUCAGCUCAAGCAAAUGUCCCAUCUUGACAAUAUCCCUUCCACCCCAGGUAAGUUCAAGAUGGAGAAGAGACUCAGGUGGCACUCCUCUCUUGCCAAGCUCACAUUUUGGUCCUUCGUCUUCUCGGGCUUGAUUUUCAUCGUUUUGUUCCUAUCGCCGUCAUCUUCAUCUCUGCCGUCCGAUCCUACCCGGCGGUCCCUACGGACCCACAGUUGGGGCGGUCCUGCCUGGGAAAAGCGGGUCCGAUCAUCGGCCAAAGUGCGCGCUCGCAAUGGGAUCUCUGUGCUCGUCACCGGCGCUGCCGGAUUCGUCGGAACCCACGUCUCCGCCGCACUCAAGCGCCGUGGCGAUGGCGUUAUUGGGCUGGAUAACUUCAAUGACUACUAUGAUCCCUCCUUGAAACGUGCCCGACAAGCUCUUCUUGAGCGUACAGGUGUAUUCAUUGUCGAGGGUGAUAUCAAUGAUUCAAAGCUUCUCAAGAAACUAUUCGAGGUAGUUGCAUUUACCCAUGUAAUGCAUUUGGCCGCUCAGGCUGGUGUUCGGUACGCAAUGGAAAAUCCAAGUUCAUAUGUUCAUAGUAAUAUUGCUGGCCUUGUUAAUCUUCUUGAAGUCUGUAAAUCUGCGAAUCCACAGCCUGCAAUUGUGUGGGCUUCUUCGAGUUCAGUGUAUGGACUCAAUACAAAGGUACCCUUUUCCGAGAGAGAUCGGACUGAUCAGCCUGCCAGCCUGUAUGCCGCCACCAAGAAGGCUGGCGAAGAGAUUGCCCAUACUUAUAAUCAUAUAUAUGGCCUUUCGCUUACUGGGUUGAGGUUCUUUACCGUUUACGGACCUUGGGGGAGGCCUGAUAUGGCGUAUUUCUUUUUCACGCGGGAUAUUUUGAAGGAGAAAUCGAUUCCCAUCUUUGAGGCACCAAAUCGUGGUACGGUUGCCCGGGAUUUUACCUACAUUGAUGAUAUCGUGAAGGGGUGUGUGGCAGCAUUGGAUACGGCGGAGAAGAGCACUGGUAGUGGAGGGAAGAAGAAGGGGCCAGCUCAAUUGAGGAUUUUCAAUUUGGGCAACACAUCACCAGUUCCAGUUACGGAUCUUGUGAGCAUUUUGGAGAGGCUCCUGAAGGUGAAGGCAAAAAGGAAGAUGAUAAAGAUGCCAAGGAAUGGGGAUGUGCAGUUUACCCAUGCCAACAUCAGCUUGGCUCAAAGGGAGCUCGGGUAUAAGCCCACAACAGAUCUACAGACAGGCUUGAAAAAAUUUGUUAGGUGGUAUCUCAAGUACUAUUCAGCUGGGGAGAAGAGUGCUUGGUAAAACAUUCUUUCAAUUGUGGUUUAGGAUCCUUUGCAUUCUUGUUCAUUAUGAUUCUUAUGAUUGUUUUUAAGUCUCUCUGUUCUUUGCCCAAUCAUCAAUUAUUUUCUUUUCGUAAGGAGGGAGGAUAUUUUGUGGUUGGUGGAUAUUGUUUUCCUAUUGCUUCUAAGUCCUAAGCUGUAUCAGAAGAAAACUUGAACCCUCUUUUUCUUUUCCUUUUUUGGGGAGUUGGGAGGUGGAAGUUGAGGGAUGUAAUUUUCGUAGCUUCAGCAUUUUAGAUUUAAUGGCCAAUAGAUCAUAUGGUGAUUGGAGGACAUGUACCAUCUCUGUGCAAUUUGAAUAAAAUUAGCACAUGAUAGCUCGAUUUCUAUUC